AGAACAAAAUUGCACAAAAUUAAACCCUGCUUCUAUGCCCUAACUACGCCAUUGCUGAGUUAGGGCUUCUCUAUUCCGUUCUCUGCUUCAAAUCAGCGUCUCAAUUUCAACAAUCGGAGACACCAAACCUCUGAAUAAAUCGAAAAACUGAAAACAUUUGUUUGGUGACGAUGACAUUACGCUAUGCAAUGGUGUGUUCUUCGAAUCAGAACCGAAGCAUGGAGGCUCAUUUCCUUCUCAAGAAGCAUGGUUUUGACGUGUGUUCUUAUGGAACUGGUGCCCACGUUAAGCUCCCUGGCCCCUCCCUCAGAGAACCCAAUGUCUACGACUUCGGAACACCAUACAAGCACAUGAUUGAUGACCUUCGCAGAAAAGACCCCGAACUCUACAAGCGAAAUUCAAUCUUGCCAAUGCUUAAAAGAAAUUCGACAGUCAAAUUGGCGCCCCAACGGUGGCAAGAAAAUGCUGCUGAUGGCUCUUUUGAUGUGGUAUUUACAUUUGAAGAAAAAGUAUUUGAUAUGGUUGUUGAAGAUCUCCACAAUAGAGAUCAAGUUUUAAUGAAAAGUGUGCUGGUAGUCAACUUGGAGGUAAAAGAUAAUCAUGAUGAAGCAGCGGUAGGAGCGAGGCUUACUUUAGAUCUAUGUCAGGAGAUUGAAGCUGCUGAGUCAUGGGAGGAGUCAAUUGAUGACAUUGUUGCUGGUUUUGAGAAACAGCAUCGGCGGAAGCUUUUGUACAGCAUCUCCUUCUACUAAACACAUCCCAGUUUCCCUAGAAAAAUAAUUGUUACGCUAAUUGAAUACUUAAUGUUUUGAUUAAGCAUAACAUUAGUUUUUGAUACCAAUCAAUUCCAAGAAUGAAAAUGAAACAGCAAAAUGAAAAAGAAACAUUGUGUGUAUUAUUGAAAUAUUAAGGAAAUUCAGUAGCAAAGACUACUGCACUGAGCCAAAUAGAAGUCUAAGACUAGGGUCAAUUUUAACACAUCUUAACUAUGCCUAAUAGUUUAAAAUUAAUUUUGUAAUUUACUUUAAAACAAGUUGGUCCUUAGCCUUAAAGAGUGUGUUAAACUAUAAUACAUUUCUUAAACAGAAGUAUAGCUAAUUAAAUGUCAAUAUGAUUUUACUUGUGCUAGCUUGUUUCUGUAAUUUUUUUAGCAUCAUGAGGGAUCAUGUUGGAGUCUUGAUGUAAAUUGAAUCGAUUUUGUCUGGCUCCCUGUUCUGUUUUGGGAUUGUAAAGAGCAGAUUAUUGGGGAACAUUUGAAUGGUGUAGUUCAUGUAAAUAUUAAUGAUAUUGUUUCAGUG